UUGGAUAGGAGACCUUGCAGGAGAGUUUAUUACAGUAAGAAACACAGCUCACUUACUGAGACGUAUUUUUCUGUUGCUGGAACCACUCUUGAGCCUUCUGGUUCUGGGGAUGAUGACCCAUAGAAAUUCCAGCUUUGAAUGGAAUAAAAGCAGGACCAUGGGCAUUUGUGAUCAUGAUGGAACUUUCUGCAGUUUACUGCAGAGUAGGAGAGUAUCCUGGCCGAAUUCCACCUGGGGUGAUUACGUUCAGCUGACUGAAAAUGAGCAGUGGCAAUUGCUGUAUUUCACUGUUGGGCAGCGUUCCACACAGGGGUUUAAAUUUGUAACGUGCCUUAGGUAAAGCAGAAAGGAAAAGAAUUACAGAAAUGUCCCUUUAACCCUAAUUUCCUGCAGGCCUUGUGAGGCUUGUCAGGCUGCUGUCACAUUCCUGUAGGUGCCAUGAUCCAGCUGGCAGGGCAUUCCUUGGAAUGCCUGUCCCUCAUCACAGGGUGGCUGUGAGAGCAGCGGUGCUUUGUGUAGGGCACACACACAUUCCCACACAUCGAGCAAGGAAACAAACAAUGGGGGGAAAAAAAGCAGUAAUGAAAGAACACUCAAAGUUUUCUUUGUGACGGUGCUGUUCAGGCUGAUCUGUGGUUGGUGUUUUGUUCUCACAAAGGCUGAGUGCUCCUUUGGCUCAAAAAGGUAGAGAAACACUGAUGUAAGAUACAGAAGGCAUCAUGCAAGAGUAUUAUCUGUUAUAUAUGCACCCCAAUGUAUAACGAUAACAUUUUUUUUUUUCUCUCCCUGACUUUCCCUCCUUUAUUUUGUACCCAGAUUUUCUUGCUCCUGUUUGAAAUAUGCCUUAUAACCUUACAAGUUUUCGGAAGACCACUGUGUUUCACUGGGAUAAGGAAUAUUGCAUCUGCUUCAUAGCAGGAGGAUGUUGUAUGUGUUACAGCUUAACUUUGUUCUACUUUACACCUAGAUAAAGGAUGAAGACUGUCUGUACCAUUUUGAUUACCUCUUCUAGGGUUCACAGAGAAUCAUUACCCCUGACCUCAAUUUGCUAAUGGCUCAGCUUGAUCUAACUGGCACACAGAUAAAAAAUGUGCUGUUAAACAAAAGUUACAGUAGCAGGAACCACCUCAAUGCCCCAAGCUCCUCUGCCCGUGUCGGUGGCUCUCUGUGACCAGCCAAAAGCCGAGCGCCGCAGUCCCGAGUGCUGCUCCCGAGGAGUUUGGGUGUGAACGGACAGUGCUGCCACCCCGAGAGAUGAGACAAAGGACCCCGCACCCCGACAGCUCUGCGAGCUCCAAAGAUGAGAGUCCUGCACACCGACUUCUGUGCUUUGUCUCCAGACUGAUCUUCGUUCCUGUUAAGCUCACCUCACUGCUGGUCACGGGUUUUGCUUUUGGGAUUUAGAGCACCUCAUUUUUCCUCCCCCUCCCCGUUUUACACAAAGACUGUUAAUAGGACUGUUAGCGGCGCGAGCGAAGCCGACGCUCGCAGGGUUUAACUUUGUACCGAUAGCACCUUUUGCCCCAGAAUGCCUUACCAACGCCACCCAGCACGCGUGUCCCAGCCUACGACUUGGCCUGACCUUUCCGCUGCCUCAGGCGCCACCUCAGCCUCCCGAGCUGACUUUUAGGGACACUUCCGCACGUAGCAUCUCAUCCAACGAGUCACACACCUCCUGCCUGCCGGCUCCGGGAGCUGUCUCCGUGAAUGUGCUCAGAGCUAAAGCCGCCACGCGUGCUCCCCGCGGGCCGAUGCCGUCCAGCUGAGCUGCGGAAGCGCCCGAGGGAUGGCACAGGGCGGGGAGGCCGGCGCUCCUCCCGUGCGGCUCUGGGUGCGGCGCGUAGGGGUUUACUGCGAUGAGCACCGCAAAACCUGGCUCGUGGCUGCGGAAGAGGAGGAAGGUAUGCUGAGGGCUCGGAUCCAAAGAGUUCAGGUUCCCCUGGGUGAGGCGCUGCGACCCAGCCAGCUCCCCCCAUCCCGGCUGCCUCACAUGUGGCAGCUGUCCCAGGGUGAGCAGUACAGGGAUAGUAACUCUCGCGUUUGGGAGAUAGAGCACCAUCUCAUGUUCCUGAACAUGUCCCAGAAGGAUCCCUGCCAGAAACAAGCCUGUGAAAUACAGAAAUGCCUGCAAGCGAACAACUACCUGGAGUCCAAGUGCGAAGCUGUGCUUCAGGAGAUGCGGAAAUGCUGCGCUCGGUACGGCAAGGGCAGAUCCGUCUGUUGUUCAGGGUUUGAGAGAGAAGAAAGGGAGAGAGAAAAGGUUAAGUUGGCUUCAGAAGGAAUUUCCCCACCACCUCAGUAACACAAUGCAGCUCCAGCGGGUGCUGGAGUGUGGACUCACUUGAAGAGCUCGUGUGUGUUUUUUUCAAGCCUUCUUUAGACUUUCAGAAAAGCCAGAUUGCUCCUGGAACACACCGUUCGGCACACCAAAAAGCAUUACACAGUACCAACUUAUGGCCUGGUUAACAAACUUUAUUUUCUGUAUGAAAACAUAGUCUAUGUUGCCUCUGCAUCACACCUGUGAAAUGUCAACUCAAUGUUUUUAGGAUGCUUACCUUACUCUAAUCCAUCCUUGCUCUUAAAAUGGAGAAUUGAAACCGAGUUAUUCUGGCUUCCGGAGCGAGAGGUACAGGAAAUGAGCUCAGAAGAGUGAGUUUAAACAUGAAACAAACCCAUCUUGAUAACAACAAAGGUAUUGCUGCCACCACGCAGUAGUUCCAGACAACAUUUGCCUGUCCAGUGGUUCAAGCUCAAGAAUGGUAAUCAGGUCUGGUGAUUGUUCCUAAGUCUUGCAUAGAUCAUGAGUGACUACAAGUCACUUUGCCUAAGUGCCUCACUUUUCCACUGGACAGAGUUGUUUAUUUUAUAUCUGAAUUGCCUACACGCUGCUAUUUGCAUGAUAAAGAUGUUACAGGAGUAUUAUUUCAGGGAUUGCUACAGGGAUAGGCUAUUUUUUUAAAAAAGCAAUAUUCAUUUGAAAGAUUUGACUGUUGAUACAAAAUUUAUAAACUUAUGUCUAAUUGAACACCUUUAAGCAAUAUGCUUUGAAUCCUAGUCUAAUUAAAACUGCUGAUACCCAAAGGCCUGUCACAGAGCCCUGGGCUAGAUCCAAGAACUGACUUAGGUGCUGCUUACUGAACAAGCAGUUGUAGGCAGUUAUUUUCCACACAUCAUUCCAGACUCACUCCCAAGCCGGCUGUGUCUGGACCACAGGAGAGAUGGCUUUCCAGAAGCUCUCGGCCAUGCAGCAGAAUUUCCUGUAACCUGUAGGAAGAGCUCAUAGACAGGUUCCUGCACCACCCUUCAGAGCUGCCUGUCUCGCUGUCCCCUGUAGCAGGAGUCCAGGCACCCAAAUAUCAGGCUCCCAACCCACUAGCCCUAACUCUGUAUUAGAUCUAGCCGUAAAGGACUUUUGUGCUGUGAUCAAGUACAACUUACUUAUGAAAUAGAGCUUCUAUAAACCACUGAGGCCUAGGCACAAUAGUUGUGUGUAUUGAAGCCUAGAAGAGCAAACCAUCUGUAUUCACUGCUCUGAAAUACCAUGGUACAAAAUAAACGACUGGAA